AUGCGAGCGAACAUUCAAACUCAAAAUAUCUUGUUCAGUAUCGUCUCAUUUCUCUCGAGCAGGAGGUGUACGAAGAAUGUGCGAUGCCUGCAUUGGGUACAGCCUUGGCUCAAUUUUCGUUUGAAGGUGGAACCGAAGGAACAAUCGGAAUGCGAGAGGGUGAAGAAUUGCUGCUUAUCGAGCGGGAUGAAGGCGACGGUUGGACAAGGGUGCGACGGAUUGCGGACUCUGCUGAAGGCUUCGUCCCGUCAAGCUACCUUCAGUGCAAGUGGGAUAACGGUGGAGAGAACUAACCGUGCACUUUGGUCUAUGUCACGGGAGAAAGUUUUUGCUGUUGUACUACUACUCUAA